AUGCCGAAGUAUUACUGUGAAUAUUGUGACAUUUACCUAACACACAGUUCCCCAGUGGGUAGAAGACAGCACGUUCAAGGAAGAAAACAUAUAAGUGCAAAAAUCGAGUAUUUCCAAAAUUUGUUAAGGGAAGAAGGUAUAACCCCACAGAAUUUCUUAGGGUUUCUAGGUAACAGGCCAUUUAACAAUAUGUUAGGAAAUCAUAUGAUGAAUAAUAUGAUGCCUGGAAAUUAUCAUAUGUAUAUGAAAUAUAAUAAUAUGAAACACUUUCCACAUUCUAUGCGUAAUUCACACCGUUUUCAUAUGCCAAACAAUAAAUAUUCAAGGUCUGGAUAUAACCAUCAUAAUUCAUCGAACAAAUAUCAUUCACAUCAUAUGCAUGGCAAUAGUAACAACAUUGGGAACAUGCCAGGAUUUCCAAAUAAUAAAUAUUCAAGUAAUUAUUUACCCCCACCUAAUUCUAUGAAUGUUAAUAAUAAAAUACAUAAUAAUGCAAUUGCAAACAUGGGAAAUAACAUGACAAAUUCGAAUGAAGCAAAUAAGAAUCAUCAUAAGCAUGAGGUAAAAAAUAAUGGGGUUAACUAUAGUGACAACCCUGGUAGUAAUAUAUACAAUAAGAAAGAAAACGGAGACUAUUCCAACAAUAAGGGUGGUGGAAAUGGUGAUUCGCUGAAUAUCAAUUUUGGGACUUCCAAUGAGGAUGAUAAGAUUAGUAAGGAUUCCUAA